UUCAACGUCAACAGCAAGUCUGCCUCUAACCGCACACACAAAUAAUGAACGACGUUUGUCAUAUGAAAAGACCUCUACGCACAGUUUUCCACUAAUAACUCUGUCGAUGGCUCGGUUCUAGUCCUACCAGGGAGGUCCUACAGCGUUUGAUUAGAGUUAGUAGUGGGGAUGGUUUACCCACAGUCCCCUCGUGGUUUCCGCCAUGUUCCAUCAAUCCCUCAGUGUACUGUCCAAAGACAUUCCUUUAGUUAUUGAUACAUUGUGAAUAGUGCGUUACCUGCGUUUCUCCUACCCUAAAUAUCAAACUUUGACCAAAAUGAGUGGCCCAAAAGAGUUCCAGACCAGCCUACAGGACGCAAUCAGAGACAAUGAUUACGAGGAAUUCUCGAGAAUUGCCGAAGAGAACAAUGAAAUUUUCGAUGGAUUUGUAGUCGAGUGCGGGGAUUUGUUGGUUUUGAACGCCGUCAAACAUAAUAGCCACAAAGUCUUCAACUUCUUGGUCCCCCUACAAACACCGAAGCAGCUUCACGCCAUCAUGCGUUCCCUCGAUUUCUCCUCCACUUUCGACCUGCAGUUCUUCUACACCCUAAUCGAGAAUAAAGCCCCCUUCGGAGCCCUCCGCUGCACGAACUUUCCCGGAGAUCACGCCACCAACGUCGACAUGCUGAAGUUCGCUCUCGACCGAGGCCUGGACCCGAAUUCCCGCAACAAAACCGGACUAUCUGUGCUACAUUACGUCCUGCACAUCGUCCUUCCUAAGGGGAAGUACGAAUUAGUGGAAGAAGUGGUCCUCAUGUUGCUGUGCUACGGCGCUGACCCUCUUAGCGAGUGCAGACGGUGCGGUUACUGCGGGUACAGCGCGUUCGAACUUGCUUGUCGGACACAAAUUUCGGACUUGCUUUUCGAGCAGUUGGUGCUGUUUUGUUACGAUGGGCAGUUUUGCAGGGCGCUGGAUGUAGGCACGUUCGUGGAUGUUGUUAGAUCCAGACGACGUUUAAUGAGGUUUCGUGAUCAAAAUAGGAUUAGUUUGGUUUCAGAACUGCUGGAUUGUAAGUUCGAACUUGUAAUAGGUCGGCACGAAAAUAGGAUUUGUAUCUUGUAUAACUUUGUCAAUAUGCGUUUGGACUAUUUAGAUGAUGUGCUAAAUAGGUGUCCGAAGGCGGUGCAGGAGGUUUUGGAAGCAUCGCAGUUUCCUUAUGAGUGCACCAAAGACUUUGGUGAGGUUUUCAUGGACAGAAUACAACACGUAAUGGCGAAAAACGAGUUUUACCAUAAAUGUGUCAUGGAUUUUCUUGAAAAUGUAGACGUUUUUAAACUGACGGCAGCUGUAACAAAGCGUAUAGGUCUAUACGACUUUGAUAUGACCGGGUUGAUCUUGUUCCUGCUACAGUACGGCGGUAGAUGUAACACUGCCAUGUACCACUUCAUCUAUAAAAAAUACGGUGACUGUGCUCUUUUUCGAACUUUACUGUAUUUAGACCCGGACGAAUGUAUUCUUAAAAAACGAAAAUGUGUAAUGGCGACCUUCAUCACUGACCUUAACUUCAAUGUUCAAACUUUCGUCGAUUCGACCGCUGAAAGACAGUGGACUCUGCUUGAAACGAGGUACCGGUACUUCAAUCAUUUGCAAACUCCUUUCGGUGACUUACUGGACAGGGAAGCACUAGAACUCCUACAGUUUUUUGCUCACCCUUCCUUGGUCAGCUUCUUCUUAAGUACGGAAUCUUUGCCGGAGAAUGUUUUACAAACAAUAUUACUUCUUCCAAGGGUGCCGUUACUGCAAGAACUAGCCAGAGACGCCGUAAGGCCACAUAUAGUUAAAAGGUUUAACGUGAAAACUACGAAACAGUUUUAUUUUCUUGUUGACGCGCUUCCGACUACUAAGAUUUGUAAGAAAAUUAUAAGUUUUGAAGCGAAAUUAUAUAAUAAAGACGAAGUCAUAAGACGCUUUGAUAUGAGUAACUUACGAAAUUACCUAUUUUAAGCAGUAGGUGUUUGUUAUUGUAUCAAAUUAGUUUUACCGUUUUACUGAAUUUUUUUAUCCAUGUAGAAAUUAUUUUUAAACGUGAUCUUCAACCUAUCCAGUGAACUAAAAAUGUCGAUUUUAAAUCUUACCAGCAAACUCAGGGUUAUUAACAUUUUGCUGUUCAUACUUCAACGAAAUGCUCGUUGUUCUUGAAAAUGUGAUGCAGAAUACUCCUAGUUUAAA